AUGGCCAUGAAGUUGAUGAACAUCUUCGUUACACUCCUAGCAAUGAUAGCCAUUGUUGCAGCCUCAAAUUUGGACGAAGAUUACAACGAGGACGUGGAAAUGCAGAGUACUGAAGCAACAUUGCCUGAAACACCAGACGAAGGAGAAGCAACUACUUCUUUAAGAGGAGUGAGCCGUUUUCUUUAUCAGAAGAAUGUGCAACAGGCCGAUUAUACUUGCAACAAGUUUCCGAGGGUUUGUCGUUUGAGGAGCAGUCCAGGGCCAGACUGCUGCAAGAAGAAAUGUGUUAAUGUGAAGACGGAUCGAUACAACUGUGGAUUUUGCGGCUACAGAUGCAAGUUCACUGAGAUUUGCUGCAGGGGAAAGUGCGUCAAUGCAUCUUUUGACAAGAGGCAUUGUGGUGGGUGCAAUCAGAAGUGCAAGAAGGGAGAGUUCUGUGUUUUUGGGAUGUGCAAUUAUGCAUGA